AUGUUAACAGCAGGAAAAUACGGUGUUAAUAAACGACCCGUGCAUGACGGCCUGGUCUUCACAUAUUUUCUGGAGCGGGCUAUCUUUGCUGCUGACGUGCUCUAUUAUUUCAAGGGCGAGCAGUGUUUAACAGCAAAUCGCAGUCGCCCUCGGACUUCGAACUCAAUGCGCGUGCUCGGAAACGGUGCAAUGAGCACCGUCUUCCGAGCAAUAGACAGGCGCACAGGAGAGCCUGUCGCCAUCAAGGUGUGCAAGAAGCCCGAGGACGACGACAAGUUGGCAAUGCUCGAAAUGGAGGUCAUGAUCCAUGCGGAGCUGAGACACCCGAACGUACUCGGGCUACUCGGCAACUUUGAACGCGACGACGCCGUGAUUCUAGUGCUCGAGUACGCUGCGAUCAUACAGCAGACGGCGAGCGCCCUCGAGUAUUGCCACAGCAAGAGAAUUGUCCACCGGGAUGUGAAGCCGGCGAACAUCCUGGUCACCGGCAAUGGUGUUGUGAAGCUAGCCGAUUUCGGCAUAAGCGACAAGACUAAACAUGCGGCUGAAGUUUACGAGAUUGCUGGCACAUCAGCAAACAAACUGCGUUGUGAAGCAUUAUAG